AUGGCUCAAACGGCAUCUGUGCCAACGAAUCAUAUCACAAUCCGUACACACCAACCUGCAGACAUAGAAUGGAUCAUCUCCCGCCACAGGACCCUCUACGCUGACGAAUACAACUUCAACGACAAGUUCAUCGCCCUAGUGUCGAAGAUCGCAUCAGACUUUCAGCAAAACCAUGAUCCUACCUCGGAGCGCUGUUGGAUCGCAGAGCGCACUGACAAGACCACCAAUGAGCCAGUGGGCUGUAUGAUGCUUGUCAGGGACGUCGACUCGCCCGAUACCGCCAGACUGCGCUUACUUCUUGUGGAGCCGAGUGCUCGAGGAAUGGGAGUCGGAAGAUCCUUGAUCAAGCAGUGUAUCGAAUUUGCCAGAGAGGUUGGAUAUAAGCGGGUGGUGCUCUGGACGCAGAGUAUCUUGGGGUCGGCGAGAAGGCUUUACAAAGCUGAGGGAUUUCGGUUGGUGAAGGAGGAGGAGCAUGAAGGGUUUGGGAUGACGUUGGUAGGGGAGUUAUGGGAGCUGGAGCUAGAGAAGAAGUCUCAGGACGAAUAG